AUGAAUUGCAUAUACGCAGUCCUUUUUUUAGCGGGAGAAAAUGCUUUGAUGACGGAUCGUCUUGUUCUCUUAUACCACCAUGAAAAUCCUUUUUACGGGGUUUACAGACCUCACCCCGAAACAUUAUUUCCAUCACCAUCACCUCAGCAUAAUUUAAUUAUCAGUGCUAACAAAGUCACUGGGCCUGGCACAUAUAAUACCCUCUACUGCUCACUAACUUUGGAAAACCCCAUGAUUAAAGACAUAAUAAGUCAAGGCCUCACGACACUUUCUGAUAAAGAGGUUCUCCCACUCGACAAAGGGGACUAUAAGUUGGAUAAAUGUCAGCGACAAAUAAUCACUCUAUCUAGACAGGCAAUCCACUCACGUCCGAAAACAUUAAAUCAAUUGUUAAAAUUGAAAAAGUGUACUGUUUCACACGUAAUUACACUUGCACACGAAGGCAAAAUAUUUCUCAACGGAUACAAUAAUUUCAAUGCGCCGAAGCCAGCCCAAGGAACAUUUUCACUUGAUAUAGACUGGGAAUUACCUGUGAAGUCAAUCGUAUCAUCGGAUGAUUUUAUGUAUUCACCUACGGAAAAUACUGGGCUUGUACUUGCAUGGAUCCAAGGUCAGCUACAUGUGUUCAAAAGAGAUAGUAUUUGGCGCCGUUGGAUACAAUAUACCAAAAUUGGGGCCGAGGUAGAGAACGUUGCCACUAUUAUCCCAGCUCUAUUGGCCAUGAAUUUAGCCUAUUUUAGAGCUACUAUCGCUACGAAUGGCAAUGAUAUUAAAUCAGAGAUAAAUCAGCCCAUAACAUCCGAGAUAAAUUUUGCAGGAGCUGAAUGGAAAUCUCCUCUAGUUGAUGUAUUAGUGUCAAAAACUUUGAAAGGUAGCUUACCAGCCUACCAUAUCAGCAGGGAAACAAGAUUUACUUUAAGUCAUGACACAUUUGAAACGUUUCCUCAUAGUAUGAGUGGUGUAUUGAGUUGA